AUUUCUUUCAACUUUCUCUUCUCCUUGGAUUUUCUUUAUCCAAACAGAGCACAAAUCCAGUUAGAUUAGACUGAUUUUCAGCCUACACAUUACAUAUAGGAAAAAAAAAAUGGAGGACAAGGUCAACCCUGAAGAUUAGCAAGAAAACAACUUGGUUUCAUGCAUGGAGCAUGGGUGACGACUCUUUCCAACUGUAAAAGCUCAAUCUCUCCUCCUACCUUAUCUCUUUCCUCGAUUUUCGUCUCUCUUUGAUUCUGCUACCCUUCUUCUUAUCUCCAUCUCCCACUCUCUUAUAUAUAUAUAGUUUACAACCCAUUUUUUGUUCAGUUAAUUAUUUUCAUACUAAUCUCUCCCCUUCUAUUCUGCAACCAUGGCGAAAGAUGCAGUUAGGGUUCUUGUCACCGGGGCUGCUGGUACUCUUCCUUCUACCUUUACUUCUGUGUUUGGUUGCUGGGAAUUGUGUUCACAAAAGAAAUUAAUAACCCAGUUGUGAUGAGGACCCAGAUGUACUAGCUUUUCAAAAUUAUAUUUUAGUCAAUCAUUUACUUUCUCAGCUUUCUAGGCUAGAUGCCAGGCAGAGGGUUUAUGGGUUCUUUGCUUCGGGGUGAAGAGUUGGAUUUUCUUGUGGGCUUUGUGUUGGUAUCUCCACACAUGCACGUUGUUGUGGUGGUGUUGCUGUGGAUUCUUUCUUUGUUUAAUCGUAUGCGUGUGAUUGAAAUUAAAAGCAGUGGUUUUUUGUGUUGGGUCAUGGGCAUAUAUAGGGGGAUUGCAGUGGUUAUGUUUGUGUAAUUGCUGUUGAGAAAUGGAAUAUGAUAUAGUGCUUCAGAAAAUUGUUGUGGUGUUGGUUUGUGUUUAUUUGCUUUGGAGGAUCAUCAGAUAUAUAUGGAGCUUCCCUAAUGUAGAAGAGGAGCCCGUUAUUGUUCUUGUUACUGGUGCUGCAGGGCAAAUAGGGUAUGCUCUUGUUCCAAUGAUUGCUAGAGGGCUCAUGCUUGGCCCAGAUCAGCCUGUCAUUCUGCACAUGCUUGAUAUUGAACCUGCUGCUGAGGCCCUAAAUGGAGUGAAAAUGGAGCUGAUUGAUGCUGCCUUUCCUCUUCUCAGAGGAGUUGUUGCUACCACAGAUGCCAUUGAAGCUUGCAAAGAUGUCAAUAUUGCAGUUAUGGUUGGUGGAUUCCCUCGGAAGGAAGGAAUGGAAAGGAAGGAUAUGAUGAAGAAAAAUGUAUCAAUUUAUAAGGCUCAAGCUUCAGCCUUGGAGCAACAUGCUGCUCCAAAUUGCAAGGUGCUGGUGGUUGCUAACCCAGCAAACACCAAUGCACUUAUUUUGAAGGAAUUCGCUCCUUCAAUACCAGAGAAAAAUGUUACCUGCCUUACCCGACUUGACCAUAACAGAGCCCUUGGUCAAAUCUCGGAGAAGCUGUUUGUCCAUGUUGGUGAUGUGAAAAAUGCUAUCAUCUGGGGCAAUCAUUCUUCAACUCAAUACCCGGAUGUCAAUCAUGCAACUGUCUCCACCUGCAAUGGAGAGAAACCAGUUAGAGAACUCAUUGCUGAUGAUAAUUGGAUAAACACCGAGUUCAUCACCACUGUGCAGCAGCGUGGGGCAGCCAUCAUCAAAGCUCGGAAACUAUCAAGUGCAUUAUCUGCUGCAAGUUCUGCUUGUGAUCACAUACGCGAUUGGGUUCUUGGAACUCCCAAGGGAGCAUGGGUCUCUAUGGGAGUGUACUCAGAUGGUUCUUAUGGGAUCCAACCAGGCAUCAUCUACUCUUUUCCUGUUACCUGUGAGAAAGGGGAGUGGUCCAUUGUGCAGGGGCUGAAGAUCGAUGAAUUUUCAAGAGGAAAGAUGGAUGCCACAGCCAAAGAGCUCAUGGAGGAGAAAGCAUUGGCCUAUUCAUGCCUCAACUGAAUAUGCCUUAAUGCUUCCAAGGCAAAAAAAAUAAAAAAAAUAAAAGAGGAGAUUCAAUACAAAUCAAUAAACCGAAAUAAAUAAAUAAGAAAAGUUUAGUAUGUAAUGAAUAAGCAUCCACCAUUUUUAAGUGCUGUGAUUAGGGCCUUCUUAUGUUAUGGGUUGGAUUCUAGGCCUGCUAUGCUUGAUUUGGUAUGAACAUGAUGGUUUGUAUAUGCAUAUUACUAGUUACUUGGAUGGCUUGCUAUUAGGGUACUCUUUUUGAAGGAAAUAAGGCUUUGGAUUA